GUGUAUUGACUGAUUGACAGUCGAAGAAGGUUUAUUUUGAGGUUAUUUUUAUCAUUUAUUAUUGUACUGCAGUUAAUUUUGGCAUCAUGUCCAUCGUGCAAGUGAUUAAAUCGUCGGAGACUGAUUUGGUGUUCAAGAAGCCGCUACCAAUUGCAAAGAAGCGUUGGAAAGAAAAACAAAAGGUUCUCAAUGAAGAGACUUACGUAGAGGAAAUGGGUAAAAUCAUAGAGAGAGACUUCUUCCCGGAUUUGCAUAUGCUGAAAGCCCAGAAUGAUUACAUGGAAGCUGUGGAAAAAAACGAUUAUGUUAAGAUAAGGGAAUUGAAUGCUAAGUACAGUGGCAGUUCAACACCAUCCGAGAGACUUUCCAGUCCCGCAACAUUUGAAACUCCUGCAAACAUCCAUCAUACACAAUUCGAAAGUAACAAUUCAGAUAAAGGAUUGAGUGAACAGGAGCAGCCAAAAAUUGUUAGAAAACUUUCUCUUGAUCAGUACUUAAACACUCAUACCUCUGAGGAUAAUCAAAGUUUUGAAGAGAUGAUGGAGGAGGCAGAGAAGAGGCACAGGCUGAAAUACUCGUAUUUGUAUAAUGAGGAACAGGCGAGUGAAGAUGAAAUGCAACAAUGCUUGGCUUUGCCUAAUAUUGAGCAACAGGCAGCUUUACCACAUAAAAAAUUAAAUGUGGAUACAUGGUGUUAUAAGAACAAAAAUUACAUUAUGUAUGUGCCUGAUGGUGUUCCUUUAACUAAGCAAGAGCAAUUGGAGAUUAAUUCAAAACGACAGGAGGUCGAUCACAUUAAUACUAGAUUAUCUUUGAAUCCUUUCAAUGAUACACAGAAUACGGAAACGAUCAAUGAGAUGGCUAAAAAGCACGCUAAAGUUCAAGACGGAAAGAUCGGCGUCGAUGGUAAAGAAUUGAUUACAGGUACUCCGAGAGUGAACGGUUUCAGUUUGGUUCGGACACCUUCGCCGUGUCCGGGCGUAGCGCAAAGUCCUCUGAUGACUUGGGGUGAAGUGGAAGGAACACCGUUCCGUCUGGAUUCGCCGAUGCCGAAAACGGCGGGUCCCAGCUUCAAAAUGUGCGAACCACCGAAAAGAGAGCAACUCGCUUUCGCGCUCGCAGAAAAAGCAAGCGAAAGACAUAGGGACAAGAAGAGGAAAGCCAUUGACGCAGCUCGUAAACAUUUCGCAAGUCCGUCGCCGAGACCGCACUCAUCGAAAAUCGAUCGGUUAUCUAGUAUGUCACCUGCAGCACAACGAUUGGCCAGUUCGAGAUUACGUAUUGGAUUGGAUUCUACAAAUAGUCCGUUGUUGAGAACACCGAAAACGCCGCAGAGGACACCGCAGACGCCGAAGAUGAACUUGGGCAUUCGGAAAGUUGACGACAUUUCAACCGAUGAUUUACUCAAAAUCAACGUACCUAAACGGCAGAGUGCCGCGGAAUUCUUUUAAUCGCGACAUCUAUAAUAAAUAUAAUUAUUAUUUUAUGUUUAGGUAUCAUUUUUUAUUUCUACUGAUAGAAAUGCAUUUUAUGUUAUGAGUUUACACAUAUAUUUUUUUUUGUAAUUUAAAAUGUAAAUAAAUAAGUUGAUCUAACUAAUAUUAAGAUAGCUUAUGAACAAGAGGUGAGAAUGUACAAAGGAUAAAAUGUUGAGAACGGAAUAAAAUACAAAUCUCUAACUGAA